AUGGCAGCCUCGUUUGUAGCCUUUCUCCUAUAUCUCACCCAACCCGAAGGCAGCGGGGAGAAUCCCUCCCCAGACGACGCUUCGGCCGCGUCUGCCGGGAAAACCGGCGUGAAUGGCGCGGAGGAAGAGGAGGAGGCGAACUGGGAGGAGGCGAGCCGACGUGUCAGGGAGCAGCAAGCUCGCGCGUUACUCGCGGCGCCGGAUCCGCUCACCGCCGCUCUCGCAAUCCCCGUGCGCCAGCUGGCAGCCGUGGAUUCGAAGAGAAUGGCCGCAGUUCCGGUUACCGCCCAGCCGCUGCUAGGACUAAGUUCUAAGGAGGUAGUUAAGAAGGGGAUCGGGUCUAGAACGCGGCCCAGGCAGGAUAUAAUGCAGUUAGCUGUGGCGACGGGGGUGGGGGGAACUGGUGGAGGGGGGAAAGGGGGCGUGGAUGGGGGGCUGGUAGGAGGAGGGAAGGGAGGGGUGGAGGUAGGAGGGAGGAGAGGAGGAGGGGAUGGGAGAAGUGCGAGUGGGCCUUUAGCUGCUUCGACUAGAGCCGCUGCUGGUGCUGUUGCGGCUGCAGCGGGUGGGAACAUCCAGGACGAAACGCUUAUACCCGUGGCCAUAAUCCCCAGCCAGUCCCUGUCUUGCGCGGACACCCUGCCCCCUGCGCCAGUCCCCCUUAGCACAGCAGUCUCCGCUGCUCCCGCUUCCGCCACUGCAGGCGGGGAUGGGGAGGGGGAAAGGGGUGCCCUGGGGGGGCAUACGCGCACAGGAGGGUCCCUGGGAUACCUGUCCCCACUGAAUAAAGGUGCUGCUGUUACUACUAAUUCUGGUGCCGCUGGUGAUUUAAUCAACGGCCCAGAUUUGGCCAGUGGUGGAACUCCUGACAGGGGAGCAGAGAAGGGGAGGCGGCCGGAGAGGAUCCAACGGUCAGUGUCGGACACGGCAGCGAUCUCAGCCGGAUCAACGGCUGGUGGCGCUGCGUUUUCUGCUGCAAGAACAGGGGGAGGAGCAGGGGGAGGCACAAGGGGGGAAGGGGGGGGAGGGGGGAUUGGCGGAGUAGGUGUGAAGGUGGAAGUAGCUGCAGAAAGGGCUGUGUCUCCUGUGGCGCCUCAACCCAUGAUCUAUGAAGUGAAGGUCGAUCUGCUGGCGGCUAAGAACCUGCCAGCUGCCAACAUUAGCGGCACAGCAGAUCCCUACGCCAUCGUUUCUUGUGGAACAGAGCGGAGAUUCAGUUCUGUCAUCCCCAGCUCUCGCAAUCCCAUGUGGGCGGAGGAGUUUCGCUUCUUUGCCCCCUGCCUGCCCGCGCUGGUAUCAGUGCGCACGUACGAUUGGGACAUCAUAUCCAAGAACGCAGAGCUCGGUGCGGCGUCCCUGCUGGUGGAAGGAGAGGCUCUGCCCUUCACCGCCUGGUACCCCCUUGACAAAGGCAUGGGGCAGGUGUGCUUGCAGCUGCAGGUGACAGCAGUGCCAAGGAAUAAAGCUGACAGCACAGCAGCAAAGGGAGCCGCCAUAAGUUCGUCCCGCCUGCGCCGCCUCUCCCAACAGCCCACCAGCGCCGGUGCGGGGGACAAGCAAGAGGGGGAGGCUUUCGAAGGGGAGCGGCCAGAGCAGCAGCAGCAAGAGCAGGAGGCAGGGAGGGGAACGGAAGUGCGGUUGAAGCCGGGACCACUGCAGACGAUCUUCGGCCUGCCUCCAGAUGAGGUCAUUCGGCACUCCUUCUCAUGUGCGCUGGAGCGGUCAUUCCUCUACCAUGGCCGCAUGUUCCUCUCAGGGGCGCACCUCUGCUUCCACUCCAACGUCUUCUCAAAGGAACUGACCGUGUGCAUUCCAUACCAAGACAUUGAGGAGGUGAGGUGGUGGGCAGGUGGAGAGGUUCGUCGCAGCACACACGCGCUGAUCAACCCAGCCAUGACGGUGGUGUUGCAUCUGGGCACAGGCGGACACGGGGUGCCUCCUCUACCCAGUCCCGAUGCCAUGGCGGUGGUGUUGCAUCUGGGCACAGGCGGACACGGGGUGCCCCCUCUACCAAGUCCUGAUGCCAUGACGGCGGUGCUGCAUCUGGGCACAGGGGGGCGCGGGCGGGGUGCCACCUCUUCCCAGCCCAGUCGAGUGAAGUACAAGUUUGCAUCGUUUUGGAACCGGGGCCAUGCCAUGCCAUGCGGCUCUCUUGCCACUAGUCCUCAUUCCCCUCCCAUCGCUCUCUGCUUGCGUCCCCCUCCCUCCUUGACCACCCUCCUCGCAGGUCGAGUGAAGUACAAGUUUGCAUCGUUUUGGAACCGGGGCCAUGCCAUGCGGCUGCUGCAGGAGGCGAUUGCGGAGUUCUGGAAGACCGAAGAGGCAGCUGCGCUGGUGCGUUCUCUCUGCCCCUGGUGCCCAGCCCGUUGUGCUCACCACCAUCGGCUCUCCUGCCUCUUGGGUUCGAGGCAGUGCCUGCUGCUGCAGGAGGCCAUUGCCGAGUUCUGGAAGACAGAAGAAGCAGCUGCGCUGGAGGAGGAGCAGGAUCGGUUACGGGCGAUAAGCAUGAGGGACGGAGCAUUAGAAGGGUUGUCAUUUAGAGGAGCGGCUUUGGAAGCAGCAGAGGAGGAGAAGGAGAAACAACCCUUCCUCGACCUCACCGUGCUGGAGCACUUGCUGCAGUUCGAGGUGCCCUGCACAGCAGAAACCUACUUCAAUCUCCUCUACUCCGAUUCGUCUGAUUUCGUCGUGGUUUACCGAGCCAAGCGCAAGGACACAGAGCUGAAGGUGGGCGAGUGGAAGGAAACAGAGCAGUACGGAGGCAAGAUGAGGGAGCCGCCCUGCCUGCACUCCACCCCCUCUCUCCCCCACUCCCCUUUCUCCACUGCCAUGACCGAUUGUGGCACGCGGGAUUUCAUGCUCUGCUUGCCACGCACCCACCCAUCGUUCAGCCGCCCUGCCUGCACUGCACCCCCUCUCUCCCCCACUCCCCUUUCUCCACUGCCAUGGCCGAUUGGUGGUGUAUGGAGUGGCACGCAGGAUUUCAUGCUCUGCUUGCCACGCACCCACCCAUCGUUCAGCCGCCAUGCCUGCACACUCUCCCCCACUCCCCGCCUCCCCUGUGCUCCCACCCAGGUGACCUAUCGCUCGCUCUGCGACUCCCCCAUGUGCCCACCCUCCACUGCCAUGACUGAGUGGCAGCACACGGCCUUCUCUGCUCCAGACCACAAGCACCUGGUCUUGGAGCUAAUAAACCAGGCGCAUGACGUGCCGUUUGGGUCCUACUUUGAGGUGCAUGCACAAUGGACAGUCAAAACGACUUCCGACAACCCCGAGAGCCCAUCGUGCAGCGCCGAGCUCAAAGCAGGUGUGCACUUCAAGAAGUGGUGCAUGAUGCAAGGGAAGAUCCGGCAGGGAGCGCAGGCAGAGAUGAAGAGGAACAGCCAGGCGAUGAUGGAGAUGGCAAUGACAUACAUAGCUGAGCGCACACAGGGCGGUAACCAGCCGGCUAAUUGUAACGCUGCUGGGAGCGUUGGGGCAGACAGCAGUGAUAGUAAUGGGAGAGGAAACGGGGGUGAUGUGAAGGUGGAGGAGGGAGGGGAAGCAGGGGGAGUGGAAGGAAGGGAGAAUCUUGUACCUGGUGGUGAUAGUAGAAGACAAGGAAGUGUAGACACCAAGCCAGGGUGUUACCUGGGAGAGACGGUAUGCCGCACGCUGCUAGAGAAGGGACAGCUGGGCCUGUCUCUCCAGGACCUCGCUCGCUUCACCACCCUCCCACUAAUGCAACCUUUUUUCCUCCCCCUACUCCCUAUCCCUCCUACCCCCUCCUAUCAGACAGUAUGCCGCACGCUAUUGGAGAAGGGGCAGCUCGGCCUGUCCCUGCAGGACCUCACUCGUUUCACCGCCCUGCCCCCCCCUUCGCUCCGCUCUGCUCUCCUGGUGCUAGUACAGCACAACUGCGCGCAGGCCUUUCGGCCACAGACUGAAGACACGGGUCCCCUGGCCCGCACACCAACCCUAUACAUCGCUCUGCAGGACUCCAUCCUGCCUCGCCUGCGCUUCCCCAAGUUCAUGGCGCAGACAAACGAACUGCUGGGAGACGAGCACUAUGUUCAGGCAGAAGCAGUGGUGGAGGCUCUUCUGGGGGACCACAGCCACCUGUCCCGCCCCCAGCUGGUGAAGCAGCCGAAGUUCCCUCAAUGUGUCAUCCUCCCUUUUCUUCCUGCACCCCCGCUCCCCCUCCCAACACACCUCCCGUCAGGCAAACGUAAAGCAGAGGCAGUGGUGGAGGCUCUUUUGGAGCACGGCCGCCUGUUCCCAUGCCGCAUCUCUCCCCCCCCCCUCUCUCCACUUUUCCCCUUCCCCAUCCAGCACACACCUCGCCAGGCAGAGGCAGUGGUGGAGGCUCUUUUGGAGCACGGCCGCCUGUUCCCAUGCCGCAUCUUUUGGAGCACGGCCGCCAUGCCGCAUCUUUUGGAGCACGGUCGCCAUGCCGCAUCUUUUGGAGCACGGCCGCCAUGCCGCAUCUUUUGGAGCACGGCCGCCUGGCACAGCAAUCAAAGUUCCCUCAAUGCCCCAUCCUCGCUUUAUUCUCCCUGUCCCCGUCCCACCCAACACACCUCUCAUCAGGCAGAGGCAGUGGUGGAGGCUCUUUUAGAGCACGGCCGCCUGUCCCUGCACCAGCUCGUGCAGCGAUCAGUGGCAAAGGCUGGCUCGUCUGAUCCCUCUGCUGCCAAGACCGAGGGUCAGGUUCGGCAGCAGCUGGUGGCGGCGCUGUCAGUGCUGAUCCAUGAGAGGCUCGUCGAGAGGGUCGGGGCCCCCGAGCCUAUGCUGCCGGCUCGGGGAGCAAGCAGCGGCGGCGAUGCUCCCAAGCCCGCUGCUCGUGCGCGAGUGCGUGCUAUUGCCACGCACUUGCUCCCUCCUGCUGUGUUUUCCAUGUGCCGUUUGCUAACCUGUCCCACCCUCUCAGCGCACUCGGGCAAUGAUGGAGUGGUCGGGCCCCCGUGUCUCACCCCACCCUCUCAGCGCAUGAGGGCAAUGAUGGAGUGGUCCGACUACCGCAUGCGGGCAACGAUGGAGUCGUCAGGCUACUUUGAUUCAGAGGAGCAUCGUGUGCGCACACGUGCCAUGAUGGAAUCGUCUGGCUACUUUGAUUCAGAGGAGCAUCGUGUGGUCAUUGCGGCGCGCUGCAGCGAUGCUCUGCGCUUCCAGCUGCCUGCUGCCUGGGUGCUGUCGGGUGGUGAUGGCGCUGGUGGCAAUGCUGUUAGUGCUGCUGCUGUGGAUGGGAGCGCAGGGGCGGAUGGGGGGAUGUCAGCAGCAGCAGCAGCAAAGCUGAAGCUGCCCGCUGCCUGGGUGCUGUCGGGUGGUGGUGGCGCUGGUGGCGGUGCUGCUAGUGCUGCUGCUGUGGAUGGGAGCACUGGAGCAGAUGGUGGGAUGUCAGCAGCAGCAGCGGCCAAAUUGAAGGUGAUUAUUCGGAUCGUGGUGAUUGUGCUGGCGCUGGUGCUGUUAGUGGUGCUGUGGAUGGGAGCGCAGGGGCGGAUGGGAAAGCGAGUGGUUCUAGAUGCAGACGAUGCGGAGGAGGAGCAAGCGGGACCCAGUGCCAAGCGGCAAGCGCUGGCCGCACUGCACCACACAGUGUUCCCCAUUUCUGCCCUUGCACCGCACCCCACCGCACCUCCCUUGCAGAGGAAGCGAGUGGUCUUGGAUGAUGACGAUGAGGAGGAGCAAGCAGGGCCCAGUGCCAAGCGGCCUGCACUGAGAAAGCGAGUGGUGUUGGACGAUGACGAUGAGGAGGAGCAAGCGGGGCCUAGUGCCAAGAGGCUUGCAACGGGGGCGGCACCACACAAUAGGAAGCGAGUGGUUUUGGAUGACGAUGAUGAUGAGGAGCAAGCGGGGCCCAGUGCCAAGCGGCCUGCCACAGGGGCUGCAGCAGGUGGAGGGGAGAAGCAGGGAGGAGGAGGGGAGGACUCUGGCGUGCUGUGGCGGGUGAACUAUGAGGAGUUUCUUAGACGAACGAGACACCAGACCAUAGUGGACUUUGUGCGGGAGAGCAUCGACCCCGGCGCUUCCAUCAUCACGGCCGCCCUGCUCCAUGCUGGAAAGAACCAGGAAACUUCCCUUCGACACCCGUACUCAGCGUCUCUCUCCCUGGACUCAAUAGUCAAUGCAGUGGAAGCCAUUGUUUCUCAACGUUUCGGCCCUUCUGCCUGCCGAUUGUUCCGCCUGCUGCUGUCCAAGAACUGCUUGGAGCAGAAGCAGGCGGCAGAACUUGCGAUGAUAUCUCUUGCGGACGCACGGCAGCUGCUCUACCGAAUGAUGCUGGAUGAGUUUGUGCAGCUGCAGCGGAUCAUGCCCCUCAGAGGACACUCUACCUCUCGCACAUUCACAUCGCAACGGUUCUGCCCCGCGUGCAUUCUUCACCCCACCAGCAACGGUUCUGCCCCGCGUGCAUUCUUCACCCCACCAGCAGCGGUUCUGCCUUGCGUGCAUUCUUCACCCCACCAGCAGCGGUUCUGCCUUGCGUGCAUUCUUCACCCCACCAGCAGCGGUUCUGCCUUGCGUGCAUUCUUCACCCCACCAGCAGCGGUUCUGCCUUGCGUGCAUUCUUCACCCCACCAGCAGCGGUUCUGGCACAUCCACAUCACGACUGUCCUGCCCCUUGCUGUCCUUCCCCUUGCUGUCCUUGUACCUCUGGAAGUCCCCAAGACGGCUGAUCAUGCCCCUCAGAGGACCUUCUACCUCUGGCGCAUCCACAUUGGGACGGUUCUGCCCCGCGUGCUCAACCACAUGUGCCAUGGCGCCUGCAACCUGCGGCUGAGGCUGGAGCAUGAAAUGCAGCAGGAGCAGGAGGUGCUGUCUCUCUUGGAGCAAAUAGAACAGGCGCAUGCAGCACACAGCACAGGUGGUGCUGCCAGUUCCGCUGGUGGUGAUGGCGGGGUGCUCUCUCUCUUGGAGCAAAUAGAACAGGCGCAUGCAGCACACAGCACAGGUGGUGCUGCCAGUUCCGUUGGUGGUGGUGGUGGGGCGCCGGAGAAGGCAGUGGCGUUGACGUCAGGGCAGAGGAAGCAGCUGGAGAGGAUUCGGCGAGUGCUCUCUCUCUUGGAGCAAAUAGAACAGGCGCAUGCAGCACACAGCACAGGUGGUGCUGCCAGUUCCGCUGGUGGUGGUGGUGGGGCGCCGGAGAAGGCAGUGGCGUUGACGUCAGGGCAGAGGAAGCAGCUGGAGAGGAUCCGGCGAGUCCGGUCAGGGGUGCCAUUCAGUGGUGGUGGUGCUGCUGGUGAAAGGAGGGCAGAGGAAGCAGCUGGAGAGUAUUCGGGAGUGGCGGUGGUGCUACUCUAG